GCGGCUGACGGCGGGGGAGGAGCCGGGUCCACUGCCGGGUGGAGGGGACAGAAGAGUGUCCUUAUCCUAAGCGUGUGGGGCUCGGGCCUGUAAGCCAGUUGGAGUAGCAGCGGCAAGAACGAUUGGGCCAAACGGGGGAAGAUAUGUUGCUCUUCGUGGAGCAGGUAACAUCUAAAGGAACUGGUUUAAAUCCUAAUGCCAAAGUGUGGCAAGAAAUUCCUCCUGGAAAUACUGAUGCCACGCCAGUAACUCAUGGAACUGAAAGCUCUUGGCAUGAAACAGCAGCCACAUCAGGGUCUCAUCCUGAGGGUAAUACAGAGCUUUCAGAUGAUAUGUGUAAGGAAUAUGAAGUAAUGUAUUCAUCUUGUGAAACCACAAGAAAUUCUACAGGCAUUGAAGAGUCAACUGAUGGAAUGAUUUUAGGGCCAGAAGAUCUGAGUUAUCAAAUAUAUGAGGAUUCUGGAGAAAGUAAUUCAGCAAUUUCUACAGAAGAUCUAAAAGAAUGUCUGAAGAAACAAUUAGAAUUCUGUUUCUCACGAGAAAAUUUGUCAAAGGAUCUUUACCUGAUAUCUCAAAUGGACAGUGAUCAGUUCAUCCCAAUUUGGACAGUGGCCAACAUGGAAGAAAUAAAAAAGCUUACCACAGAUCCUGAUCUCAUUCUUGAAGUGUUGAGAUCUUCUCCUAUGGUACAAGUUGAUGAGAAGGGUGAGAAAGUGAGACCAAGUCAUAAGCGUUGUAUAGUGAUUCUUAGGGAGAUUCCUGAAACAACACCAAUAGAGGAAGUGAAAGCUUUGUUCAAAAAUGAAAACUGCCCCAAGGUAAUAAGCUGUGAGUUUGCACACAAUAGCAACUGGUAUAUCACUUUCCAGUCAGACACAGAUGCACAACAGGCUUUUAAAUACUUGAGGGAAGAAGUUAAAACAUUUCAGGGCAAGCCAAUCAUGGCAAGGAUAAAAGCCAUCAAUACGUUUUUUGCUAAGAAUGGUUAUCGAUUAAUGGAUUCUAGUAUGUAUAGUCAGCCCAUUCAAACUCAAGCACAGUAUGCCUCGCCAGUCUUUAUGCAGCCUGUAUAUAGUCCUCACCAACAGUACUCCAUCUAUAGCAUUGUGCCUCAGUCUUGGUCUCCAAAUCCUGCACCUUACUUUGAAACACCACUGGCUCCCUUUCCCAAUGGUAGUUUUAUGAAUGGCUUUAAUUCACCAGGAUCUUAUAAAACAAAUGCUGCUGCUGUGAAUAUGGGUCGACCAUUCCAAAAAAAUCGUGUGAAGCCUCAUUUUAGAGCAUCAAGUGGUUCGGAACACUCAACAGAGGGCUCUGUGUCAUUGGGGGAUGGACCAUUAAACAGAUCUGGUUCAAGGAAUUUUCCACCUGAACGGCAUAACCCUACCAUAACGGGGCAUCAGGAGCAAAACUACCCUCCAAAAGAGACUCCCACUUUACAUAUUGAACAGAAUGGGGACUGUGGAAGGGGGGGCAGGAGAGCUCUUUUCAGAGGUCGAAGACGACGAGAAGAUGACAGAAUCCCAAGACCCCAUCCUUCAGCAACUGAAGCAAAGGCUCCAACACCAAAGUUUGACUUACUAGCUUCAAAUUUUCCUCCUUUACCUGGAAGUUCAUCAAGAACACCAGGUGAACUUGUUUUGGAGAGUAGGAUGUCUGAUGUUGUUAAAGGUGUCUACAAAGAAAAGGAUGAUGAAGAGUUGAGACAAGUCAGUUGCUCAGUUCCUGCAAAGGAUGAACAGACAGGCUGCACCUCUGCCCAGCAACUCAAUAUAAGUACCAGCCCUUCAUGUACAGCUGAGCCUCCCGCAUUAAGCACAACUCAGCAAGAAAAGGAUCUGAUAGAGGAUUCCACUGUUCAGAAGGAUGUUCUCAACCAGACAACUAUGUCAGUUUCUUUGCCAACUACUGCAAAGCCAUCAAGGACAAAUACUGCUUCACCAUGCAAUAGUAACAUAAAUGCAGCUGUAACUGUGCCCCUACAGGAACCCCGAAAGUUAAGUUACGCUGAAGUGUGCCAGAAGCCCCCUAAAGAGCCUUCUCCAGGUCCUGUGCAGCCACUACGAGAACUUCGCUCCAAUGUAGUGUCUCCCACGAAAAAUGAAGAGAACGGAACUCCUGAGAAGUCCAUUGAGAAACUACAUGAGAAGCCAGAAGCAAGGGCUAAUAAGGAUUAUUCUGGCUUCCGAGGCAAUAACAUUCCCAGGGGAACAGCUGGAAAAAUCAGGGAACAGAGACGCCAGUUUGGCCAUAGGGCUAUACCUCAGGGAGUGACUCGACGUAAUGGCAAAGAGCAAUAUGUGCCACCCAGAUCACCAAAGUAAAAACAAACAAACGAAACUUCAAAACCUCUCUCUCUUCCCAUUAAACUUGAGCCGUGGCUAUGUUGAACUAUUUUGGAAGGGAGUGGGUAACCAGGAAGGAAAAAGGAGAAAGUAUAUCCUUAAAUCAUUGUGGAUUUUGGAGUUGUGAGCAGUAGAAUCCCAAAAUUCAUCUCUGAAGUGAUUUUAAAAUGCUGGAGGAUUCUAAUCAGUAUAAAUAUAUAUAUAUGUAUACAUAUAUAAAAGUAUAAUUUUUCUAUUUUUGUUUUUGAUUUUAAUUUUCAGAGAUCUGCCUGGAAUCAAUUUUGAGGGUUCAGGUUUAGCUUGGGGGAAAAAUAACAUAUUACACAUCCUUCAGUAUAGGAGACGAGGGAGUAAGAGAAAAUAUUUUUUGAAGAAGCAUUUCUGUAAAAUUAGAAAUUACUUUUUUUAAUCUAUUUAAAGUUUGGCUUGGAGAAUGCCAUCUCUGCCUACAUGGCCUUGUGUUGCAAAGCAGAUCAGUGGCUGGGGUGCCUGUUGUGCUGAGUGUGUGCAAGGGUGACUGAAGCCAAGUCUAUUGUCAUAUUAGAAAAGGAUUUGAAAUCUGAAUGUAACGCAUACUUGAGUAGGUUUUUUUCCAGUUUAAUAUGUAGUCUCUUUUUGAGCUUACUAGUAUUUCAUUCAAUAAGCUUUUAAACUCUGAUUGUACUUGGAGAUGUGACUGCCAAUCAGUUUGAUACUCAAGGAAAGAAUGGGGGUUAUUCAGAUAAUUAAAAAAUCUUGGAUCUGAGUAGGUAGGUCAUAUGGACUUCACAGGUUUAAAUUGGCCUGUCAUUUUUCCCCAAAAAAUAGGAAAUCGGGUUUUUAUUUUUGUUGCUACGCUGUUACUCUCUGUUCUUUGACUGCCAACCCCCAAAAGCAAAAUAACCACAAACACCUACAUGAUUGUAUGUUUCUAACUGCCUUGACCAGUCUAGUCAAAUCAUAUAACUGUUCUAAAUUUCUGAAUCGAACAAUGAAAUAUUUUGCUCUUCUGUUCAAGUAUUUAGAACUUUAGAUACCAAAACAGUAGGGCAGACUGACCCUACAAUAAUUUAUUUGUGUUAGUGUUAAAGAUGAAACAUUGUGAUUAACUCUUAACAUGGUAGAUAGUGUAGAAGUAAAAGAAAUUAGGCUUACUUUGGUGGCAACUUGUUCUGUUUACAGUGCAUUUAUCGCCUGCCUUUCUACCAGUACCACCAAAGGGAAAAGAAAAAAAAAAAAGACUUGGAAUUCAGAGACAGAGCCAGCAAGUCAGGAGAUUUUUGCGUUAAUGUGAGAAAGAUAGUUAAAGAAAAUUAAUACAUAAUUUCUCAGUGAAUAAAGUUGUAGCUCUCAUAUUAAAUAGGCAAGUUUACAUGCUGGUGUUUAGAAAAUGGCUAAAAUGCUAAAAACAUGUUGCAUUAGUCUGUUUUAUCCGUUUUAAGUCAUGCCAUUUUCUGAGUUCUGUGUAAGGCAGAGUUUGUUUUCUUUUUAGGGAUAGUUUGUAAUAGUAAUAACUGUCCCUUGUGUUACUGAAUGACAUGUACAAAUUGAAACUGUAAAUUGUGAACACUGGAAAGCACCAUUGUGACAUAGAGUAAACAUCUUAGUAAUAUAUUAAAAUGAAUGUAAAUGGAGGUUAAAAUUACAUUACUGUGAAACUCAUCUUCCAACUCUUAAGUUAAGCUUUGGAGAUUUGUAUUAAUAGGUAACUGUUCAGAGCUUUGAAAACUGCACAUUUCUGUACAAGCCAGAAUUAUCGUUUCUUUGUAACUUAUUCAGCUUGGUGAUUGCUUUUGAUUUGGUAGGUUGAUAACAUGAUACACAUUUAAGUAAGGAGAAUCAUUUCUAUACACUAUUUUUUUAAAAUCAUCUACUAGAUGAAACAUACAAUUAACUACCUGUGCUGAAAAUUGGAGGGGGGGGGAGUUUAGGUCCUUUUUUUAAAAAGUAUUAAUCAUUGAUUAUAUCUAUGAUAAAAGUGCUUAUUUUGGUUUACUUAGAUAAUGCUGCAGUUGGUGGAAAUGAUAAACAUUUAAAGUGUUAACACUCUGUGAAUGCAUUGGAUUUAAGAGAAUAAACAUUUUAUAAAAAUCACUUGGUAAGGAUUAUAAACUUAAUUAUUGCACUUGAAAUGAAACAUUACUUUUUUUUUUUUACAAUGUGUCACAGAAGUGGGCUUGUAUUAUUUGUAUGCUUGUGUGACUUACUCCAGCUUUUGAAAACUAAGUAUUCUAAUUAAAACAUAAGAAGAGUCUUCUUUUUGAAGAAAGCAAGUGUACUUUUUGCUUUUUCCCAAAAUGUUAUUGAAAGUAGAAAUUUAAAGACAUGACCUUACAAAAUGUCUUAUAAAAUAUAUUGUUUUAAUUUAAUUUGCCUCAUUACAACUAAUAGUUCCCAUUUUGAUGGGAUGUAUUAGGAAGAAUAAAUGUGUGUGUAUAUAAAAUAUAUAUAUUCACAGUAUGUAUUUAGCAUUUAUUUUAUUACAGCAGAUUUAAGGUUUGUAUCUAAAUGAUACCUAUGAAUUGUGUGAAAUCGUUGGCUUUUUGUAACUGAUGAGGGUUGAGUAUUCAUUGUAGUUCAACUAUUUAUUUGGUUCUUUAGAAGGAGGAAUUUAAAUGUCACAUUUUUUUCUUCACCUUAUGACUGAACACUUCCUUGGGCUGUUGGAGGCUAAAAUUAGAUACAAAUGAUAUUGAGUGUAUGGUACAGUGAUCUUCUGCCAUAGUUCUUACUGCAUGAAGAGAAAAGAGUCACACAAGUUUACCACCUUGCACUUAGAGAAGGUAUAUAGAGAUACUGUAAAACUCUAUCUCCAUUUUCUUCUAUCCUGAUAAGGUUUUCAUGCUAUCUAGGGCCUGUCUCUCAUCUAGUAACUUCAUUUUUGCAAGUAUAGACACUGGCAUUCGUAAGACUGAUCUGUCUAAAUUUUUUUAACUGGAUUUGGGAAGAAGAUAAAAUCUUUUCAGUAAUAUGGUUUAUUGUUGUCAUUUUAUGUGCUCAAUUUGCAUGUGAUCAGAUGACAUGCAGAUUUUUAAUUUAUUUUUGGUUCCUAAAAUUAAGGUAGCUUGAAUAUUGUUUCACAUUCCUUUUUCUUUUUAAAUAACCAUGUUGGCUUUGCAAAAGAUGUAAUGAUGGAGUGUUAGCGUCUGCUGGUGCAGAAAAUAGUAUUUAAAAGUUACUAAUACUUUCUUUAGUUUUCUUAGUUAUGGCCUUAAUAAUUAAUCUUUUGGCUUAAAUGUCCACUGGUUUUACUUUGAUUACAGUUGAACAACACUGGGGUUAAGUCUCUGAUAUUUGUGUUGGCCAUAUGUGUUAACCAUAUUUUAAGGGUAUCCAUUUUGUUUUUACAGAAAAGAUAAAAUGUGGGAUGCCAGUAUAUUCCUUUUGAAGGAUUUUUUUAAAAAUUCUUAAGUAUAUGAUGGCAGUUUUUUUCCUAAUUUUUAAAAUUUCAUUACAGUUUGGUGGCUAUAAAAUUUAACUUUAGGUUGUUUGGUGUAUGCUAAUUUGGCUUGUCUGAGCUUCCAAGAAAAUACAUAGACAUUUCAGUUUUCAUUAGCUGAAUGAGGACAUUUUAAGAUAUUGAAAGAAAAUUUGUUUUCAUGUUGAAAGUAAAUUCUUUCAAAAUUCACCUUAUUAAAUAAGUUAAAAGUUUUUUUGUUAAGCUGAGAACUUCUUAUGAUUUGCUGAGUAGAUGGUUCCUAAAAGUAUAACUCAGAUAACCAACAGGCUAUGUAUAAAAUAAAAUGGUUUUAUUUUCAGUUUUGCUGCAAAAAACACUGAUGAGCAAAUAGUAUAAAGAAACAUGAUGUUGAUUUUUUUUUUCUGAUUCAUGUGUCCCAUGAGUGACAUCUCUUAAUAUUUGGGUUUGUGGGGGUGGUCAGAACCAGUUAUCUGGCUUCUGUUUUGUCCGUUGCUUAGGUUUGUUCCUGUUGUCAAAACUGUCUCCCCCCCCAAAAAAAAUGGUGUGACACUGCUCAUGCAUAUUAUGUUAAAAUGAGUACAUCCUGUAUUUGUAUUUUUGUUUUCAACAUUGCCAAGGUGCUA